AUGAGUACUUGUUCUGAAUCAGGUCCACCACACGAAGCCCUUUUCUUCGUCUUAGCUUUUCUUCCUGUUUUUGAGCUUGUUUCGAUGAGUCAAGUCUGCAAAUCACUUAGAGAUGCUAUAAAGAAUGACAUAUUGCCAUGGCUUAACGUAAUAGUCGAACCGCCUUUGAACAAGCGUCUUUCGGAUGAAGUUCUGAUGAAAAUUACGUCAAAAGCCAACGGCCGGCUAAGGUUUCUGGAUCUGAAGAACUGUGUGAGAAUUACUGAUGAUGGACUUCUCAAGGUUGUAGAGGAAAAUCCCUUUAUCUCAAAGCUCUAUACUCCAGGCUGCACAAGCAUAACCCCUAAGGGAUUCAUUAAAGCAGUGAAGUUGCUAACAAAAGACAACCACAAACUAAAGAGCCUAAAAGUCACUGGCAUCUACAACAUGAAGAAAGAAGACCUUGAAACGCUUCACAGUUUACUAGAUUUGAACCAAAAACAGCAAAAGAAAAGGACGAUAUUAUAUCACGACUACAAUAAAUGCUCGAGCCUUAGACACAAAUUCGAAGAAAUUGAUGGUUCAGUAGACGUAGAUGUUUGUCCCCAGUGUUACGAAGUACGAAUGGUCUUCGACUGCCCUGGAGAUUCCUGUCAACGGAAGAAGCAACAUCAGAGAAUUGAAUGUAGGGGAUGCUACAACUGCAUUCCGAGGUGUGAAGAGUGUGGCCUUUGUAUUACCGGUCAAGAACUCGCAGAGGCAGCUUGUGCAGAAAUGUUGUGUUUAGAGUGUUGGCUUCAGCUCCCGAAGUGCAAUUUCUGUAACAAGCCAUACUACAGCUGCUUUAUUGAGUGGGACCCACUUACUGUUUAUAACAUUCUAAUUUACGCUAAAAAUCUGAAUAGAAUCGGUCCAGACAUGCACUUAGUUUGGAAUUUGAUCAUUCAGGAAAUUCCAUUAAAGCACAAGACAGCUCUCUCUGUCUUAAAUGACCGCCACACCUUACACUACUUGGAGUGGUAA